AUGGCCCAACAAAUAGAUUAUAUCAGCACAACAGAAAAAAAACCAAAAGAUGUGAAAGUGUUUCCUGUCAGUCUGUUUUUACAGCUAAGAAAAUCUUUGGUUUUACUUUGUUUUCUGCAGCUAUUUGAUGCUAUCAACUGCCUGGCAAAAGACAAUGCCCGGUUGCUUGUGCUGGGCCGCAAACACAUGCUGAUUAACUCUUCGAAUUGGCAAAGAGACAUUAUGAAGGAGAUGCAGAAUAAGGCAGACUUCUUCUUUGCUGAAAAUAUCUCUGAAGAUGAUGCCUUCUUGUUAUAUGCCACUCUUCGAUCAGGCAAGCAUUGCAAGUUUGUUACUAGAGACUUCCUCCGGGAUCACAAGGCUUGUCUUUCUGACAGCCUGACGCGUCAUCUGUUCCGGAAGUGGCAGCGUGGACACCAAAUAGCGUUUUCCCCUUCUGUAGAAGGAAAGCAUAUAAAGUUUUUGCCUGCUUUCUGUUAUGACUGUGUGGUACAGACUACAGGUGAUACAUGGCAUAUCCCCUAUAAAGAAAUUUUUGAGAAAAAAUAUUCAUAUGAAGUACCAAGAAAAUGGCUCUGCAUUCAACAGAAAGGAUGAAGAAUGUAAUUGCAAAAGCUGAAGCUGCCUUUUUUUCUAAUCACUGUUGCUGACUAGGAGAACUCAGCAAUACAAUUAUGGGAUUAAUGUGUGAGGCCUAUAACUAAAGAAAACUCAAUAACUGCAUUUUGUCAAAAUCAUUCCUGCAGUAAAUCUGUUAACAUCAAUGGUGGUCCCGCAGGGAUGAAUUAGGUCCAUUAUUUCCACCUUUACACGCGACUUCUGUAGCCUCUCAAUGUGAUUUGAAUUAAAACUUGUUUUUCCCUCUUGGAA